AUGAGACGAUGGCAUCAAAACAACUGCCAGACUCCCACUAUCACCCUCAUCAGCCAAAUCCCUCAUUGCAGCAACUGCUCCGCCACAGCGACCUUCGAUGAAGCAUCAUGCCCUGCCACGACUGUGCCCCCUUUACCCACGAAAUCAGAGGGAUCGAGACUGAAAUGGCCGGGCAAGGCCCGAUACCUGGGCGAAUUCUCGUCCGACGUCAAAGUUACACAGCCUGCGCGAAAGGUCUCGAGAGUAGAUACAGGCUCUACACCGACAAAUGCCCUGCCGAGGCCGGAGUUACUUUUCGACGAUGAGAUCCGGCUCGUGAGGCUGGAAUCGAGUUAUGUGGAAGGGCCGGUGCAUGUGCAUUUUGAGAAAGUUCAUUUACAUCAAGCUCCUGUUCCCGGUUAUGAUGCGCUUUCGUAUGCGAAAGUCGGUGAUCCGCUGCAGUGGAAGGCCGUGUUUGUGGAUGAGUUUUGGGAUGUCAUUUUCGUACAUCAGAGCUGUGAGGAGGCUUUGAGGAGGUUGCGAGAGUUGAAGGUUGCGACGCUGGUGUGGAUUGAUUGUCUUUGCGUUGAUUUGCUUGAUGCUGUUGAGAGGAAUCAUCAGGUUGAGCUUUCGCGCGGCAUAUUUGAGAAUGCAAAAGCUGUUCUCGCGUAUCUGGGUCCCGAGUCGGCCGAGAUUCGAAUUGUUUUCGAUGCUAUCAAGGGCGCAGGUGCUAGCGGGGUUAUUGACUUUCAAUCCGAGGCAUCGCGGAAUGCAUGGCAAAACGUUCUUGACCUCCCCAUAUUCGCGCGUGUUUGGGUUUAUGGAGAGGUAUUGACAGGAAAGACAAUGAAAUUACUCGCGAACGAGCUGGUCACCUGGCCAAACGGGCUAAGCGUUCCUCAACUCCCCGACUUAACCCGUCGCGCAAUCUUCUCUCUCAAAGACGGAAGCGAACCAUCAGAUCGUGAGCUCCUAGACGUCCUACUCACAGCUUCGCAGUACGAGAGCACCGAUCCAAGAGACAAAGUCUUCGGCAUCCUGAGUCUCGUUAACGAAGGACUCAAGCCCGACUACUCGCUCCCGGUGGAGGACAUCUACACCGGCAUUGCGGCAUACCUAGCCACAUAUCUCUGUGACAUGAGAAUCCUAGCAUUCGCAGGCGCAAGUCGAUCAACACUCGACAUCCCAUCUUGGGUUCCAGACUGGAAUCAGAAGAAGAGUCUUGAUCUCCCCCGACUCGAUAUCGACAGUUCUGAACUCAGCACUAACGAACGUACCGUCCCUCUUGCCUUCCAUGGCAUGGUAUCGAACAACAUCGAGAUCCUUGUUGAUCCCAAGUUGAGAGCAUUGCAAUGCUCCGCGAUAAAACUUUGCAAUUACAAUAAGUGGCAAGGGAUACGCCCCAGGCCAUUCAGGUGUCGUAUCUUACCGAGGAAUAUUCAGGGACGUCCCGUUGAUAACCGUCUUCAAGUACGAGACUUCGACCUCCAGAGAGGCGAGGUUAGUGCGUUCCUUAUUCAAGGAAUUGACCAUCCUGUUCUUCUGCGACAUAUUCCCAAAAAGGAGGCCUACGAGCUGGUAACGACAUGCAUCGCCGCGUGCUAUCCAUCGACACCGGGUGAAACGCUCAUCCCUGGUCUGCCAAAUGAAUCAGGACAGGAAGCUCCAUCAAUACUGAACGUCUAUCCACUGUCCGAAAUGGAAAAAGAAAGUAUUUCAAAUUUCGACAACAAAGCUCUUAGGGUAAUCCAGCGGCACACGAGUACCCCUCUCAGCCCAGACCUACGCACCUUCGCCCACGCCAGCGCGAGGUACAUCGACAUCGCAACAAUUUUCCAAUCCGAACUAGGAGGAAUCGAAAAGUCCCUCCGCGACUCAUGGCGCGAGCAAGAAGAGAGAGUAGGAUGGCUAUUCAACGACCACAAAAAGCUCUGGUCCUUCGUCUCGUACCUCGAAGACCAAGACUCCGACAUCCGGCGCGGCAUCGGGAAAAUGCCACGCGCAGAAGAAGUAAACCUGUGA